UUUAUCCUAUAUUCACAUUUUAUAAUCUCUUAUCGACAAAUAUGUCAAUUUACGUUUCAUCUUGAUUUCAUGUUUAAAACUGUAUUUUGAGAAAAAUGGAAAAAAAAACAUAAAUAACCAAAUCAGUUUACGAAUGCUACAAUCAUGUAAAAUAAUCUAAUAUUAUCAAUAACGUAUUUACUGUUGCAGAGUUGAGCAGUAAGUAGUUAAAAGUUAAAAAUAAAGUAAAAAAUAAUAGAGCUAAAAGUUAAUAACUUUAACUUAAGUUAGUUAAUUUUUAACUUCAACUAAUUAUUUUGAAAAUACAUGAAGUUUAACUUAUUUACUGUCUUCUUAAAAAUGUCUUAACCCAAUGAAGCGAGGCAUACAUCGCAUACGCGGGUACGAAUGCAUUGUACAUACAUAUAUAUUACGGAGAGUGAACUAUGGACGAGCGACACGCAAUAAAAUAAAAGAAAAAUUCCGGAUAACUCGCGCCUCGAGAUUCCCUAUUAGUACGCGAACGUCUGUUUUUUUAUAAAAAAUGCAAUUCUCUGCCGAUAUCUUUCGUCCUGAGCCCGCGUCUCCCCAUUACGCUCUCAAUCAUUGACCAGAGCAUAUGAGUAAUACGUUUUAAAAAUUCGCAAAUUACACUAUAAGUUCGGUAGUGUUUUAGCCGUGGUUCAUUCCUUCUUAAGUCGAGAAACAAGACGCAGCUUGUCAUAAUAACGUGAGUGAUUACAUCCGCGUCAUUGCGGUGACUGUGUUACGACUGUAAAAAUAAACUCUUUACAAUCCGAUACAAAAUCAAAGUUGAGCAAUAACUAAAAAUAAAGUGAAAAAUAAUAGAGCUAAAAGUUAAUAACUUUUAACUUAGAUCAGAUAACGCGUUAAACACAACAUUUCUUAUAAAAAUAAAAUCUCAAAACCAUCCAUCAUACCGAGUGACCUCAUUCAAGAAGCUCUGUGUGGGGACAAACUACUCUUACGACAUUAUUUGCAUUGCCAGUUAGACAUUAGUUACAACUUUGUUUUCAUAAUAAUACAAUAAUUACUACCAAUUCAAUAUCAUCGCACCUUUCGCAAAAUGCGAUGAACAUUAUAAUGAAAUUAGCGAAAGACUGACGAGUGAUCGGCGACCAGAAGCAUUCAUAGCGUGUGCAAGAUAAUUUAAGAGGACACACAUUCCAAGGCAAAUGAGCAAAAUGCUAAGACAACAAUUAAGCAACCGAAGUUUGCUAGUCGAUCUCCUCGCUCUGAUGUUCGGUCUGGGUUCUUGGAUGGGUGUGAAUGGCAUCUACGUGCAAUUGCCGCUCAUAGUGCAUGUAGCUCCAGAAGGAUGGAGCCUACCUGCGCACAUGGUGAUGCUGGUGCAAUUUGCCAAUUUAGGUCCCAUACUGUAUACUCUUUACAUAAAGUACACCGCUUGGACACAUGACAAAUACAUCAUUUAUUCCUUGCUGGCUGCAGGAGUGUGUGCCUGCAUCGCAUUGAGUUUCCUGUACGAUUACACGUCGGUUGUGUUUGGCAAGGAACACUCGACCGCACUCCUGUCCCUGAUGUUCGUGACAUCCCUGGUCGGAUGUACAAGUUCCGUGCUCUUCAUGCCGUACAUGAGGAACUAUCGUGAGAUUUACCUAGUGUCUUACCUCGUCGGAGAAGGACUGAGUGGAUUCGUUUUGAGUGCAGUUGCGCUGAUUCAAGGUGUAGGUAGUAAUCCGAGAUGCGUCAACGUUACCAAGCCAGGCUCGAGCCAUCUGGAAUUCGAGCCUGCAGAGUCAGAUCCAAGAUUUUCCUCACAAAUAUUUUUUAUCUUCAUCGGGAUUUUGUUAUGCCUGAGUUUUCUCUCGUUCCUAGGCCUAAACGCUUUGCCUGUAGCACGCGAGGAAAGACUCAAGCUUCCAGGCAGCAUGAAAAUAUUGCCAACUGACAACACGAUAGCAAUGCCAAGCUACAAAACUAAUUCCGGCUGGAAAAUGCCGAAGUAUGAAUAUUAUUAUUCAUUAAUUAUGAUGGCAGUAGUCUGUCUCCUCGGUCACGGCAUUUUACCGAGCAUACAAUCGUACUCCUGUCUACCAUACGGUAAUACAGCAUAUCACUUGACGGUCACGCUGGCUUCCGUAGCCGGUCCAUUGGCCAUGUCCUUAGGUUUCUUUGUAAAAACACCGCAGGUGAAACUCCUUAAUAUCCUUACGGCAGCUAUUUUAGCACUCUCCGGCUUCGUUUUGUAUUUGGCCGCGAAAUCGCCUUAUCCUCACUUGCAACAUUCGUGGGUGGGCGAAUUGUUGGUAGUUCUUGUAUGGAUAACGGUUUGCAGUUUAAUAGGAUUCGUAAAGAUGGGCAUUACGACUUUGUAUCGACUCGAUCCUGGGAAAGGUCUCUACUACGUUGGCGCCGCGACGCAAAUUGGAUCGUUGAUAGGCGCAAUCACCAUGUUCGGUUUGGUCAAUUAUGCGAAACUGUUUCAAUCGUAUUCCACUUGCUCGUAUCUUAUAGAAAAUUAACAUAGACGCUAUCUAUAUGUAAACGCCAAUUCAAUGAAACGUUGUUGAAAGUACUUACAAAAUGAUGAACAGUAGUACUCGCUUUAUCAGCAAUCGUCAAUGCUAAGAUGUUAAAAAGGUUUCAGUUAUAAUAUCAAAGUUUCGACACUACGGAUGUUAAUGAUGUAUUGCUAUGUACAAUAAUAAAAUUAAGAAAACUAAGCUUUUUUAAGCACUUUAGCACUGACAAUUGCCAAUAAAAUAAUAGAAAUAGUUAAACUCAUCAUUUUAUUAGAACUUUAACUGAUAAAAAUUUCAUCAAAAUCGACAUGUAUCAAGUAGUGUUCUUGUUAGUUUUAUCAAUUGAAGAGCUCGCAUCAACAAUGAGCUAACUCAGGACAAAUUGGUUGGACAAAUUUAAUCAAUUAAUUAUAAUUAAAGAUUAGUUCUUGAUUACAAUAAACGAUUAAAAUUUUUCAGUUGCCCUGGAGUAAACCUGUGACAUUAAUCAAUUGAAUUUUUGAUAAAUAGAAUGAAUCACAAUCACAUACAAUUAAAAUAAAUUGAUUACAUUUGAACCUAAUAGAAUACUUUGAUAUAACGCGAAAAAUUUCCACGUGCCUUCGGCGCACUAUAUUAGAAGCACGAGUUGGAAUAACGAUGCAACCGCGUACAACAUUUAUUAUAUGACAUGUUUGAUUUUAUAUGUCCCCUCUUAACAAUCUGUGAAAAAAAAUGUGUGUGAGCAAGUCUUGUGCCAAGUUUUUAAUUUACAAAAUUCAUACUUAUAAUACCUAACGUUUCGAAAAAACUAAAAAAAAAUUCUUGACGUAUAAAGACAAAAUUGCUAUUUUGUAAAAAAUUCAAAGUGAGAGAAAGCAAAAUGAUAUUUUGAAAACAUGUAAUAUUUAAAAUAAAUUUUGGAAAGUUCUAAUUUGAUAUAAUACAUUUAAUGUAGAAUAUA